CCGGGCUGACGUCACUUCCCUUAUAUCCCAUAUCGGGGCAAGGGAAGCGGUCUGGUGCUGGGGACUGGGAGAUAUUUCCACUUCUCAGCCUUUAUUUUAGCCUUUUCUACUGCGGGUGGAGGUCUAGCGGGGAAUCUAGGACUCAUAUACACAAGGUGUAAAGAUGGGGUGUUUACAUGUACUACUGGUGCUGGGUGUGGUGGCAGCAGGGAUGGCUCAGGAAGUGAACCGCUGUAUAGCCAAGAAGCCACGACACUGUGGGGAGUGUAUCAUCAUCGGGCCUGAGUGUGGCUGGUGUAAACUGGAGAGUUACGACAACACCCGUAGAUGUGACCAGUACCAGAGUCUGCUGGACGGAGGCUGUCCCAAGGAGCUGAUUGAAUAUCCUCGCAGCAAGCUCACUAUCAUCAAGGAUGAGUUCCUGAGUACAGCGUACCAGCUGAAACCACAGGAAGUCACUAUCAAGAUCAGAGCAGGUGAACCGUACACAUUCCGCGCUGCGUUCCGUCAGGCAGAGGACUAUCCUGUGGACUUGUACUAUCUUAUGGAUAUGUCCAAGUCCAUGGAGGAUGACUUGCAGAGCCUGAUUGGUUUGGGAGAUACACUAGCUGAAGAGAUGCAAAGGAUCACCAAGAACUUCCGGAUUGGUUUUGGCUCAUUUGUGGACAAGACUGUGAUGCCGUACGUCAGCACUGUGCCAAAAAAACUGGUGAAUCCGUGCCUUGGUUGUGUCGCGCCGUUCGGCUACAAGAACGUGUUGCCCCUGACAACGAGAACCAGGAGGUUCACACAGGAGUUGAACCAACAGGAAAUCUCCGGGAAUCUGGACGCGCCGGAGGGCGGUUUUGACGCCAUGAUGCAGGCAGCUGUCUGUACGGGAGAAAUCGGCUGGAGGAACGGCUCCACGCAUCUCCUGGUGUUCUCCACGGAUUCUUCCUUCCACUACGCUGGCGACGGGAAACUGGGCGGGAUUGUCACGCCGAACGACGGCAGGUGCCAUCUCGACGAUGACAUGAUGUACACCUUAAGUAACAACCUGGACUACCCUUCAGUCGGACAUCUGCAGAGGAAACUGAAGGAACACAGGAUUCGCCCAAUCUUCGCUGUCACCGCUGACCAGGCCUCUGUUUAUGGGAACCUGAGUGACCUAAUUGAAGGGUCUGUGGUGGGGACACUGGCCGGUGACUCAUCCAACGUGGUGGACCUCAUCAAGAAGGCUUAUGAGGAGCUGAGGUCUACUGUUGAACUGAAGACGGAGGACGUGCCAAACAACGUCACCCUGACGUUCAAGUCUGUCUGUCUGAACAACGAGACGUUUGACGGGGCAAAAUGCAGCAACCUGCAAGUGAACGACACUGUGUAUUUUGACAUCACCGUGGUGACAGAGGGCUGUCCGUCUAGAAGGCCGAAGACCUUCACCGUGUACCCUGUCGGCUUCCAGGAGGAGUUACUGGUCAAACUGGACUUCAUCUGUGACUGUGACUGUCAGGCUGAUGGGAUUGCAGCCAGCCCAAGGUGCUCAGAUGGAAAUGGAAUAUUCGAAUGUGGGACCUGCAACUGUAACUCUGAAAGGUACGGCCCUCUGUGUGAGUGCACAAUAGACGACAACGAAGCCUCCGACUUUGACGCCACCUGCCGUCGCGCCAACUCCUCAGUGAUCUGCUCCGGGCGAGGGGAGUGCAUCUGUGGGGAGUGUGUGUGUUUCCCCAGGGACAACCCCAGGGAGAAGGUCUACGGGCCGUUCUGCGAGUGUGACAACUUCUCCUGCGACAGAUACGAGGGACUCAUCUGUGGAGGUGCAGGCCGUGGUGUGUGUGACUGCGGUGUGUGUGAGUGUACAGCAGACUGGGAGGGCACUGCCUGCCAGUGUCCUGCAGGCAACAGCUCCUGUGUUGCCUCCAACGGCAUCCUGUGUAACGGCCAGGGUCUAUGUGAGUGUGGAGUCUGUAACUGCUUUGCUGACAGCCUGUACAGAGGACCAACCUGUGAGGAAUGCCCGACCUGUCCCGGUCAGUGUGAGGUGUUCAGGCCGUGUGUCCAGUGUGAGGCCUUCGGUACAGGAGAGUAUGAUGAGGAAGAGUGUAAACUCUGCAAUCCCAAAGCCAUCAUCGUGGACGAACUCAAACAAGGAGACGAGGUGACGCGGUGUGUGUUUAAGGACGAGGAUGACUGCUCCUUCAUCUUCACCUACGGCAACGGACUGGACGGCAACACGGAGAUAGAGGUGCAGAGGACAAAGGUCUGUCCUGAGGAGGUGAACAUCCUGGCCAUCAUCCUGGGUGUGAUUGGGGGGAUCCUGGGCAUCGGCCUGGCCCUGCUGCUCAUCUGGAAACUCCUCAUGACCAUCCACGAUCGCCGAGAGUUCGCCAAGUUCGAGAAGGAGAGGAUGAACGCCAAGUGGGACACGGGAGAGAACCCUAUCUACAAACAGGCAACGUCGACAUUCAAGAACCCAACAUACGGAGGGAAGUAAGAACAUCGAUUGCCGAAGAUCUGCCACAGAAAACUGUACACCUAACCGUCUUCCUGUUGUAAUACACACACAGGUGCCUGGAUGUGAAAAUGAAGAUUUUCUUAUGAAAAACUUUAACUGUUCUCACACUCAAAAUUUGACUCACCAGGAAUUUUCGACUGAAUCACUCAGUCUUCCUCAGCUAUCUGACCCAAAUGCUGUUGACACAUGAUUUUUCCCACGUGUGACGUCAGCAAAGGGUCAAAUUUUGAGUUGGAGAACAGUUUAAGUUUUUCAUAAUGUAAUUUACCAACUCAGAAGAACUUUCAUGCUGAUGUAAGAAGAUUUUCUUUCACCUUCUCACAAGUUUGGUCCAACUAUGGUCCAACAAUGUACAGGUUGCAUACUACUCAUAUAUCAUGUUUGUCAUGGAGA